CCAGCUGCACAAAAAAGUUCAGAUAGAAACUCAAGACGACAAGCGGAACCGAUCGGGGUCUCUCCACAUUUCCAUGCAAAACUUUUUCUGAAGUCAGUGAACGCGGAGCGACGAGCAUCAAACUGACGGACUGAAAAUGGCAAUCACUUGGACAAUCAUUGUAUUAGGUGCCCUCCUGCAUGACAUGCAAUGCGCCUCAGCGGAUUCCACUCUGACCACCUCACAGAACACCACUAAUUCCAUUUCAUCCACCACUUCAAACCCCAGUUCAACCAACUCACCGAAUCCUCCUUCAACCACCUCAUCAAACCCCCCUACAUCCAACUUAAAGAGCACCCAUACACCCACCGCAUCGGACCCUGCUACACCCACCCCAGUGAACCCCAGUACAAUCACCUCAUCAAACCCUACUACACCCACCCCAGUGAACCCCAGUACAAUCACCUCAUUAAACCCUACUAUAACCAUCUUAUCGAGCCCCUCUACACCCCUCUCACUGAGCCCCACCUCACUGAAACCUACAAUAGGUCACGCUGACACAUCUUUAACAUCUUUGACUACAGAAGAGACGACCCAGCAACAAAGCAUUGAUUCUGAUUCACCCCAACAAGACACAACCCAAAUCACAACAAUUCAACCCACCACAACCAACACAAAAGCUACUUCUAAAGAAUCUAACCUCAGUUCUCAAAACACACCAUCACCCAGCCAAGAUACCACCAGCUCAAAUAAACCUGCAACCACUACCCAUAAAGAAAGUGGAACUACCCCUGUCAACGAGGCAAAGCCAUCAGCUGUCACCACUAAUCCAGCACCAAACUCUACAUCGGCUGUUUCUGAAAGUAUUCAGACGACGGAAGCACAAGCAACUUCUGCUCCGAUCACAUCAGUUGAUCCUGCGACUAGCACCUCAACUCCUGGAAAUAUCACUUAUCCCGUCUUUGAUCUGAGCAGCAGCAGUGAGGGGAACAUCGUUUUUGAAACCUGUAAGAAGCUGGGUAAGAAGGUGAAAGGAAAUUGCUCGGUCACCUUGGAAAUUCAAGGCAAUCAAUUAAUUGCAACAGUAAAAAUAAACGCCGACCAAAAGAUACCGACAGAAAGCUACAAACCUCCAGAAAAGGUCAGGCGAUUAACAGACAACAAUACUGUGACUCUCUCAGGAAGUUUGUUUAUUCUCAAACACACCUUUUCUUGGCAGAAAGUGAAGGAGGUUAGCGAGGAGACGAUACCAGACACGUUGAUUGCCAUCUUGGCUUCGAGUGGCGCUUUGGUGCUCAUUUUGUGCUGCUUUGCUGCGUACUGCACUUAUCAUCGCAGAUCCUACAGGAAGAACCAGCAACACCUGACGGAAGAGAUGCAAACAGUGGAGAAUGGUUAUCAUGACAAUCCCACACUGGAGGUGAUGGAGGUACAGCCGGAGAUGCAAGAGAAGAAACUGGCAUUGAACGGGGAGUUCAACGACAGCUGGAUCGUCCCCAUAGACAACCUGCUGAAAGAGGACAUACCUGAUGAAGAAGACACACACUUGUAAUGGCACCGGACGAAACCUGCUGCUCUCAUAAUGGUAGAUUGUGACCAGACAGAAUGUAGGAAAAGCAGAGAUUGAUGUAAAGACUAUCAAACAACAAUGGUUUCAUUUGGUUCCCGGAUGUACAUGCUGUAAUGAAGUAGUUAGAUGUCAAGUACGUG